GUUCGCCAAACUUAAAAUAAAAUUAGUAUGUUGCGUAUUUUUACAAUUUGUCCGAUAAUCGAGUUUUUAUUUUUACUUUUUUUUAUAAGCAUUGGGAAAAACAAAGUGUAUGAAUAAAGUUUUAAAAAUAAGUGUAAGUUUUUUGCGAUAACGUUUCAACAUAAAAAUUACCAGGAUUUGUUUAUACAUUUAAAGUUUUUUAUCCCUGUAUUAUAAUAUAGGAGAUAUAAAUUGUUCAUUUUUGUACCUGAAACGUUGAUAAUUUACAGGAAAACAAGCAAACAAAAAAGUGCAAUAAAGUUAUCAAUAGAAAGGUCAACGUGGGAGCAUAUAUACAACUACAACCGUUCGUUUUGUUCAGUAUCGAAUCAAACGCACAACACACAAAAUGAUCACAAAAUUAUUAUCAAUUGAAGAAGUUAACAAUUUGAUUAGUGAACACUUUAUUAAAAUAUUCGGGAAUGUCGUCGAACACUCAACCUCGGCAGCCAUUGGGAUUUUAAAGUACAGACCGUUCAGUAACUCCAAAGACAUCCAGUUCGCUAUAAACGAGUACCUGGAUUCAUUGAAAUGCUCCGACAAGGAAAAAAUAUUGCAAGCCCAUCCAGACAUGGUUUGCAAACUGACAGACCUAAGCAGACUUUUGCUGGAAUACGAAGUCAACAUUCACGGUUACAGCGAAACUAACAGACCAUCGGUCGAGGAGAAACUCAAGCUCAAAGAACUCAACAGGAUGUACAUAAAAAAAUUUGGAUUCCCCUUCAUCACCUUUAAGAAACUCAACUUUUUCGAGAUUUUCUCAGAGCUAGAAAGGAGGGUUGCCAACAGCAAAGAGAAAGAAAUUAUUUUGUCAAUGACUGAGGUAAAGAAAAUUUGCAACAUGAAAGUUUUGGAAAUUGUACUGUAGUCUGUUUUACACAAUUUGACCCUUAAAGGGGUUUAUAUUUUAUAUCAGUGAGAUUAUUUUAUUUUUAUUGAGAUUCAAUUUCAAUAUUUUCAUUUCUUGUAACAAGAAAAUAUGUAACUGUUACCUGAUUAAGAUUUUAUAGUAUUAUUUUGUAUUAAAGUUUUGUAAAUAAAUAAAUGUUUUAACUUA